CUUUCUUUUUGUAUGUUCCAAAACUUUAUAUAUAUUCUCCGUAUACUAUACAUACCCACCAUCAGAUUCAGAUAAGAACAAGAGCAAAAGUCUGGUCUUGCAACUUCAUCAAUGGCCGUAGAGCAACUAGUUGUAACUGCCGAUCAUCAGAAGGAAAUCCAAAAUGGAAAAAUACUUCAUGCAAUUAAUGACGAAUUUGGUGGGGUCAUCGUUGAAGUGAAUGAACCAAUGGAUCCUAAUGUCUUUCAUUCAAAACUCAAAACUUCGGUUUCGCAUUGGAGACGGCAGGGGAAAAAAGGUGUUUGGAUCAAAUUGCCUAUUAAGCUAGUUAGUCUCGUUGAACCUGCUGUCAAGGAAGGAUUUUGGUAUCACCACGCUGAACCAUCGUACAGUAUGCUAGUGUACUGGAUUCCUAUAAGGGGCAACACUCUUCCUGCAAAUGCCACUCACCGAGUGAGUAUUGGUGCAUUUGUCAUGAAUAAAAACAGAGAGGUGCUAGUUGUCAAGGAAAAGAUUGGAAAUUUGCAGGGCAUGUGGAAGUUCCCUACUGGAACGGUUAAUCAGGGAGAAAAUAUACGUGACGCUGCCGUGAGAGAAGUGAAAGAAGAAACCGGAAUUGAUUCGGAGUUCAUGGAAAUACUUAGUUUCAAGGAAAGGCAUAAGGCAUUUUUUGAGAAGUCGGAUAUUUUCUUUGUGUGCAUACUACAACCGAAAUCUUUUGACAUCCAGAUACAGGAAUCAGAGAUAGAGGGAGCAAAGUGGAUGCCAUUGGAGAAGUAUGUAACUCAAGAGUACGUCCAAAACAACAAGUUCAUGAAAGACGUCACAGAAAAAUACAGAGAAAAAGUGGAUGGAGUUUCAAAAAAUUAAAAAAAGUACUGGACGGAGGAGUUUACACACCAUUUUCUCCUGUGCUUACGGGCUCUGGUUUCUUUGGAGUAAAAAAAGUGGAUGAUCAAUAUCCUUGUCUCUUUAGUCCACUCAGCAGCUAAUAUUAUCUUCAGUCAUAGCCGUUAGCUUAAAUGUUCUUUUAUUUUUCUUUUCCGUUUCAGAUUCUUUAUUUAUUUUUUAUGUUCAAUUUGCAAUCUCUAUAUAUAAUAAGAAGUGUAUAGGCCGACGAAUUAAAGGAAGUGAAAAUUAAAGGAAGAAAAAGUAAAAAAGAGAGGAGCACGUAUGAAAAUGACAGUACAAAUAAAAGAAGAUUAUAUAUAAAUUAAGAGUAAAAAGUGUGGGAUUAUUUCUAUUUGUAUUUUAUAGGAGAAAAGGU